AUUUCCAUCGCACUGCUAUGAGCGUGGCUGCCAAGAGAGAGCAAACAAACUGUGUUCAGCGACCGUCCGGACAAUCCCAACAGGCUCCGCAUAACGUCUUAACCUCAAGAGAUCCCCAAGGGUGCUGUGGUUGUCAAGUCUGAGACGAAGCCCGCAUCCCGUCCCUUUGACCAUCACGACGACGACGCCGCUAACGGCCUUUUCAUGCUUACCUAGGGCAGGAACGGGACCCAAUCAACGAACCAGUUUGCUGUGACUUCGGGCGCAACGAGCCACGCACACGCAGCCCCUGUUGUGCCCAAGAAUAUGAACACCUCGCCGCAGAUGUCGAUCGCCAGUGGUGGCUGGAUCGGUUCCACUCGCGGUGUGAGCGAAGGUAGUGUCGCCUCGGACGAUAGCGACCAGACCCGACCCAAUAUACGAGGCAAGGGUAAGAAGAGCCCGCCUGCCACAAAUGGUCGAAGAAAGGCCGAUGAGGCUCCCGCAAAGGCACCCCUGAACAAGAAGUCCAAGGCCAAUAGCGGGGCUGUCACUAUGCCUGAAGACAUGGAUAUGUCCGACGAGUCUAACAUGAAGUAUGAUGAAAACGGAACCAAAACCAACAUGACGGAUGAGGAGAAACGCAAGAACUUCCUUGAGCGAAACCGUGCUGCUGCCAUGAAGUGCCGUCAAAGAAAAAAGCAGCGGCUUGCCAACCUGCAGACCAAGGUGGAGAUGUUCAGCACCGAGAACGAUGCUCUGACUUCGCAGAUCACCCAGCUGAGAGAAGGAGUGGUCAACCUGAAGACACUCCUUCUCGCACACAAGGACUGCCCAGUUACGCAACAGCAAGGUCUCCACAGUGCCUUCAUGUCUCAGGUUGUCGAACCCUUCAACCCCCAGAUGAACCCCUAUGGCAUGGGUGCCCCCAUGCCCAAUCAACCGGUCAUGGCUGGCCAGGGUGUCCAACGGCGUUUCUCAUAG